GGCGUCGCGUUGCCCCUCUUCAAGGGCCACACGGGCGUCGUGCGCUGCGUCGACGUGAGCCCCGACGGCGGCCGCGUCGUCACGUGCUCCGACGACCGCACGGCGCGCAUCAACGACGCCGUCAGCGGGAAGAACAUCGCGGUCCUCGAGGGCCACGGCGGCGCCGUCGAGAGCUGCAUGUUCGGCCCCGACGGGUCGCGGGUCGUGACGACGUCCGCGGACGCGACGGCGAUGAUCUGGGACGCGGCCGACGGCGCGAAGCUCCUCACGCUCGAGGGCCACGCGGAGAAGCUCGAGGGCGCGGAGUACUCGCCCGACGGCCACCUCGUCGCGACGGCGUCCGAGGACCGCACCGCGCGCGUCUGGGACGCGCUCACCGGCGAGUCGUACGGCGUCCUCGCGGGCCACGAGGGCGGCGUGACCUGCUGCUCCUUCUCGCCCGACGGGCUGCGCGUCAUCACGGGCUCCAAGGACAAGACCGCGCGCAAGUGUCGAAACCGAUUGAAGUCGUCUUGCAUAUUUUGGUUCCCUGCCCAGGCGCGGACGAUCACGGCCUGCCACUACUCGCGCGACGGCUCGCGCGUCGUCACGGGCUCCUGGGACUGCUCCGUCAAGCUCUGGUGCGCGUCCACGGGCAAGAUCGAGCACACCUUGGAGGGCCACACGAAGAACGUGACGUGCUGCGUCAUCAGCCGCGACGGCACGGUCAUCGUCUCCGCGUCCGACGACCGGACGGCCAUCGUCUGGGGCGCGUCCACGGGCGAGGUCCGCCACCGCAUCAAGGGCCACAAGGGCGCGGUGACGUCCUGCGCCAUCUCCGCGGACCACACGCGCGUCGUCACGGGCUCCGCGGACCGCACCGCGCGCGUCUGGGAC